AUGGAGGAGGUUGACACCAAUUCAAGCAGUCUGUUCCAAGAGGAAAUACUUGUCCCUCCCAAAUACAACAUCCUGCUCGACCUCAAAAAGAAGAUGGAGGAGAGGAAUCAGCAGAUGGACCAGACUCCCACAGACUUGAACACUGUGGCUGAGGUGCAGGUGCCAGGCGAUCAGGUCACAGAGAAGUUGAGCAAUCCAAAGCUCCUCCACACAACGCUCAGCAUCCUACCGGAAAUUAGAAAGAUGGUGGUGGAGAGAAAGUGCCGGAUAGACCAGCAAGAGAGUUCAAAGGUCAGCAUCUCUUUAAGAACCGUGGAGGCAGAGGCAAAGAGUGUCCCCAAAAACCUAAAUCAGGAAAGGGUUCGGAAGGGGCUGCCCCUGUCACCUGCAGUGGCUCUGCAGUACUUCCAGAAACACUUGACCAGCUUGGAGCAGAGGGAGAUCCUGGAUUUCCCAGAGAUUUGGUACCUGGGCCUGGGGGCUGAGAAGAAGGACCCCCAGGAGAUGGCUGAGUACUCUGAGGACUCCAAUUCCAACUCUGACCAUGAUGAUGAAAGUGGGAUCUAUGUCCCUGUCCUGCAUGACCACAUUGCCUACCGCUAUGAGAUUCUGGAAAAUCUUGGACAAGGAUCAUUUGGCCUGGUUCUGAAAUGUCUGGAUCACAAGAUCAAGGAACUCGUAGCACUAAAGGUCAUUCAUGACAUGGAGAGUGCCAACAACAGGGCCCUGAAGGAACUGGAGAUCCUAGAUGCUGUGAGGAGGGAAGACAAGGAAAACCAAUAUAACGUCAUCCACAUGAAGGAGUACAUGACCUUCCGGAAACAUCUUUGCAUCACCUUUGAGCUCCAGGGAAUGGACCUGUAUGAGCUGAUGAAGGAGAACAGCUUCAAGGGCUUCAGCAUGUCCCAGACACGUCACUACGCCACUGCGUUGGUCAACAGCCUGCAGAUGCUGCACAGGAAGAAAAUUGUCCACUGUGACCUGAAGCCGGAGAACAUCCUUCUGUCAGAGAGAAGACAUGGAAACAUCAAGUUGGCCGACUUUGGGUGCAGCUUCUACGAGCACCAGGAAGGGUGCACCUAUGUUCAGACACGGUUCUACCGUGCCCCGGAAGUGAUCCUAGGCAUUCCCUAUGGCACAGCCAUCGAUAUGUGGAGUCUGGGCUGUAUCCUGGCUGAGCUCUAUACAGGCUACCCACUCUUCUCUGGGACCAACGAGGUGGACCAGCUGGCCUGCAUCAUGGAGGUGCUGGGAACGCCCCCGGAUUACAUUGUUCGGAUGUCACCAAGAAGGAAAGUAUUUUUUGAGGAGAAGGGUAACGCAAAUAACCACACAGAUUCCAAGGGCCAAACAGCAUGUCUUGCAAAAAGGCCAAACUCUAAGGACCUGGCCAGUGCGUUGAGGAGCAGAGACCUGCUGUUUGUGGACUUUGUGACACGGUGCCUCACGUGGGACUCUGCCCAGCGCAUGACUGCGGAAGAGGCAGCGUGGCACCAGUGGCUUCAGAAGCCUAGGACGUGGCCUUGA